AUGCGCUCCCUUAAUAAAAGUCGGAUAAAAUUCAAUUUUCAGCCUCUCUUCUCUCGUCUUCUACCUGUAGCAACAGAAAAUAUACAAGGAGAAGCCUUCACUAACUCUUCAUCAAUGGCGAAAAUCUCUGCUUAAAUUCAACCAAAAAUAUUCCAAAUCUCUCUCAUCGUCAACUCAAUACUCUGUGAUAAUUGAGCUUGGUUUUCAUCUCCAAUGGCGGCUGUAACCUCGUUGUCUUUCUCCGCAUUAUCUCAGUCAUUUGAGAGAAAAUUGAGCGUUCCUUCGACUCGAACUUUUGAAUCCAUUCGAGUGCGCUCUGAUUUAUCUUCCGAUCCUUCUGCUGCUGUUAGCGCUUCGAAUUCUUCUUUUGGUUUUGUAAUUCAGUGCAUGUCCUCUACCUCUGCUAUUACUGAAACCCCCCCAGUAUCCGCGACGAAGUUAAAUUUUCUCAAGGCCUACAAACGGCCAAUUCCUAGUAUCUACAACAAUUUGCUACAAGAGUUGUUUAUUCAGCGACAUUUGAUGAGAUGUGAAAGGACAUACAGAUAUCAUCCUGUGUUUGCCCUUGGUUUUGUUACUGUCUAUGAUCAGCUAAUGGAGGGGUAUCCCAGUGAUGAAGAUCAAAGUGCCAUCUUUGAAGCUUACUUAAGGGCACUAAAUGUGGAUCCUGAGCAGUACAGAAAAGAUGCACAGAAACUGGAGGAGUGGGCUCGUACCCAAACAUCUGCUUCAUUGGUUGAUUUCUCAUCAAGAAAAGGUGAAAUAGAGGACAUCUUAAAGGAUAUUGCUGCAAGAGCUGGUGGAAAUAGGAAUUUCAGUUAUAGUCGGUUCUUUGCAGUUGGCUUGUUUCGUCUCCUUGAAUUGGCUAAUGCAUCUGAACCCACCAUCUUAGAGAAGGUACUUUCCUGGAAAUGUGCCCACACAAAUAUUUCAGAAUUUCAUCUCUGGCGAGUUUUGCUGAGGAAAUUGAAUCAUGCAUGUGAUGCUAUUGUUGGGAUCCCAAACUUUUGUUGCUCAUGUCAGUUAGAUCUUUUGACGCGUUGGAAAAGCGAUAAGAGGUUGUUCCAGAAUGGUCUAUCUACAAUAAGGUGGGAAGCCAAGAAAUGCAGUGCUGAAAUCUAUAACAUAUUCAGCAACCCUGGAAAAAGAAAACGUCAUAACUAUGUCCCCUUUGUUCGUUUGGUUGUUGAAGUUGUAUUGGUUAUGUUUGUUUCUGUAUCUAUAAACCAGGGCCCAUCUUGGUCCCUUUCUGAGGAGAAUCGCCUUUUCUUAGAAGCUUGGAGAACAUUAGAUCGUGCUUAUGUUGACAAGACUUUUAAUGGACAAAGUUGGUUUCGCUAUAGGGAGAACGCACUGCGCAAUGAGCCUAUGAACAGCAGAGAAGAGACUUAUGCGGCAAUAAGAAAGAUGAUUUCUACACUGAAUGAUCCAUUCACACGUUUUUUGGAGCCUGAAAAAUUGAAGAAUUUGCGGUCUGGAACUCAGAGUUCGCUUACGGGUGUAGGGAUAUCUAUUGGUCCCAUCACCAUUGACAGAUCAUCUACUGGAGUAGUUGUUAUCUCUGCUGCUCCUGGGGGACCUGCCAGUAGGGCUGGCAUCUUGCCUGGUGAUAUAAUAUUGGCUAUUGAUGGUGCGAGCACUGAAGGAAUGGGCAUAUAUGAGGCAGCAAAUAUCUUACAGGGGGCUGAUGGAAGUUCUGUUGAGUUGACAAUCCGUAGUAAAGAUGAAAUAAAACAUGUGGGGUUAAAGCGUGAGAGAGUUACUCUAAACCCAGUAAAAUCCAGAUUAUGUGAGAUGCCUGGUUCAGCGAAGGAUACUCCUCAAAAUGUAGGAUAUAUUAAGUUAAUGUCUUUCACUCAGAACGCUUCUGAUGCAGUCAAGGAAGCCAUAGAAACACUAAGAAGUAAUAAUGUUAAUGCUUUUGUGCUGGAUCUCCGGGAUAAUAGCGGUGGCCUCUUUCCAGAGGGAAUUGAGACAGCCAAAAUUUGGUUGAACAAAGGAGUUAUUGUGUAUAUAUGUGAUAGUCGUGGUGUUCGGGAUAUAUAUGAUGUUGAAGGAAGCAACGCUAUAGCCGCAUCAGAACCCCUUGCUGUUUUGGUGAACAAGGGGACUGCAAGUGCUAGUGAAAUAUUAGCUGGUGCAUUGAAGGAUAACAAACGAGCUGUGGUGUUUGGAGAGCCAACAUAUGGGAAAGGCAAGAUACAAUCAGUUUUUGAACUAUCUGAUGGAUCUGGCUUGGCAGUCACAGUUGCUCGCUAUGAGACGCCUGCUCACACAGAUAUUGACAAGGUGGGAAUUAAACCGGAUCAUCCUCUUCCAGCAUCUUUUCCCAAAGACGAGAAUGAUUUCUGCACCUGUGUCCAAGAUCCGUCGUCUGCUUGUUAUCUUAAUGGCGCACAAUUAUUUUCAAGAUGAAUAUCGCACUGACAUUCUUCAAUGUUUCAUCUCUUAUUCUCUUGUGUUACGAUAUUUAAUUCUUUUGUAAGACUUGCAUAAUGAUUAUCAUUUCAGGAAGCCUCCCAUCUUAUAUGUAACACCAAUUCAUUAUCAUACAAAAUACUUACUAAGAUUUUUUUUUCAUAGCAUAAAUACUUACUAAGAUCCUUUUCA